AGGGCAUCGGGGGUAUUUAUUCCAAGAACCCUUCGCUGCACUUCCUCUCCCAGACUACUUAGCACCUCCCGCGUAUAAUCCGGGAAUAAUUUGGACCCUUUGCUCCCACGCAAACAAAAAAAAAUGGAGAAGGCCGAAACCCACACCGACACCGGCGGCCGCCGGACCACGCAGUUGGAGCCGGGACACGCCGCAGGCCCCGAGGCCCACAUCGAGCCGUCGGCGGGCGAACAGCAUGUACCCACGGCGCAAGAGGUCGAUGUGAACGCAGAUGGGUUUCCCGAGGGCGGCAAGAAGGCCUGGACUGUGCUGGCUGGGACGUGGUGCGUCCUGUUCUGCACGUACGGGCUGGGCAACAGCAUCGGCGUCUUCCAGGCGUACUAUGUCAACUACGCGCUCCGCCAGUACUCCUCGUCCACCAUCUCGUGGAUCACCAGCUUCAUGCAGUGGGUGCUGAACUUUUUGCCUAUUGUUUGGGGUUUUGUUUUCGACAAGUUCGGCCCGAAGUGGCUACUCGUCAGCGGAACCCUGAUCUAUGUGUUUGGGAUAAUGAUGAUCUCCUUGGGGUCGCAAUACUAUCAUUUCUUCCUGGCCCAAAGCAUCGUCUGCCCCAUCGGCGCCAGCGCCGUGACCAGCGCCGGCAUGUCGUGUCUGGUCACCUGGUUCCAUCGCCGGCGUGGUUUAGCGUUUGGAAUCAUGAUGUCUGGGUCAUCUGUCGGCGGUAUCGUCUUGCCUAUCAUGAUCCCAAAGUUGAUAGACCGUGUUGGCUUCCCUUGGGCGAUGCGUGCCGUCGGGUUGAUGUUCCUGGUGCUCCUGACCAUCGCGUGCGUGACCGUCAGGUCCCGACUGGCGCUGGACAAGAGGCCGGUUGAUAUGAGGGAGUACAUCCGGGGGAUCAGAGAGCCGACAAUGAUGUCGACGGCCUUCGGGCUGUUCUUGGUCUUCUGGGGUCUCUUCCUACCCUACAAUUUCGUCAUCCUACAAGCCAGAGCGCAGGGGAUGGACGCCAACCUCGUCAUCUACUUGCUCCCGAUAUUGCAUGCUUGCGGCAUAGUCGGACGUAUCAUACCAGGGCUUGUGGCGGACAAGGUCGGGCGGUACAACAUCAUGAUCACACUCGCGACUCUGACAGGCAUCGCCUGCUUUGCUCUCUGGAUCCCGAUUAGCAACGACGCCGGCAUUCUGGUCUUCACAGCGGCCUUUGGGUUUCUGUCUUCUGGCCUGACUUCCAUCGGGCCGACUUUGAUCGCACAGAUCUCAGACAUCAGGGAGAUCGGGGCCCGGACAGGUACAGCGUUCGCUUUUCAGUCUUUCGGCGCCCUCACUGGCAGCCCUAUAGCGAGUGCCAUCGUUGAUGCCAGGGGUGGAGAUUACCUGGGCUUGAAGUUGUUUUGCGGGUUCUCCAUUUUUGCAUCGGCGGUGGUGUUUUUGUCGGCAAGAUACUUCCAGGUUGGAGGGUUUCGGCUGAAGAAGGUUUGACCUCGGGAACGAGCUUGUUAGAAGGGCAUGGAUAGAAAGAGGUCAGGUCAUACGUUCGGCAUUUGUAUAGAUGCUGCAUGUGAUGCUUUCGCUUCUAUUAGCCAGUCAUCACGGCAGAUAGAC